CGUGCCGUCAGUCGUCGAAGUUCUGGAACAACCACAGUUCCUCUGCAAAAUGCUUACGUAGAAUACCUCGUUGAGGUUUCAGUCGGUACACCCCCUCAAAAGAUUCAGUCUCAACUAGACACUGGAAGCAGUGAUCUAUGGUUCCCGACCGCAUCCCAAUGCCCUGACACAACCACAUGCCCUUACGGCUAUUUCACUCCUUCCAAGUCUUCCACCUUUGCCGAGGUUGCUCCAAAUGAGUUCAAUAUCACUUAUGGUGACGGCUCGGGUGCAAUUGGCGACUACUUCAAUGAUACAUUAACAAUCGCAGGCACUACUGUGAAAGACUUCACCAUGGCUGUCGCCAGGGAAGUUACUGGUGAGCCCGUGAUUGGCUCCGUGAUGGGUGUCAGUUAUCCUGCCCUAGAUGCAUCUAACAAAGGGGUAACCUAUCCGAACUACCCUCAAGCCCUUGUCAACUCUGGGUUCAUUAAUACCGUUGCAUAUAGUCUGUGGUUAGAUGACUUAGCCGCUAACACUGGAAGCAUACUCUUCGCUGGUGUGGAUAAAGCCAAAUUUUGUGGUGCAUUAGAAGUGGUUGAUGUGCAGCCAUAUCAGGGAGGCAUCUAUGCUUUCUAUGUUACCCUGAACUCCAUAUCAUAUACUACCGGUUCUGGCACUUCUACUAUUGCUUCCACUGCCUCUCUAGCCCUGCUGGAUUCUGGCACCAGUCUUACUGCUGUGCCUCAGGAUGUUCUCCAAACCAUUGUAUCCCAGUUUCCAACAGCGCAGUAUGAUAGUCAGUAUAGUGUCUAUGUUGUUCCUUGUUCAGCUGGCCAGCAAGCAGGACACUUCACCUUUACCUUUGGAAACAAGGCUAUCAGAGUGGAUCUCUCCGAGUAUGUCUUACAGGAAAAUGAGCAAGGAUCCUGUAGAUUAGGAUUCCAGGCUAGUCCGGAUGACACUUACAUCCUGGGUGACACCUUCCUCCGCUCUGCAUAUGUGGUCUAUGAUUUAGUGAACAAUCAAAUUGGCUUGGCUUCGUCUAGCUUCAAUGGUGGUGAAUCCGAUGUAGUUGCUUUCCCCAGCUACGGAGCUCACAUUCCUCAAUUGACCGGAUCGUGCAGCAGCACUACAACCACCAGCACA